GGGCGUAUUUCUUUCUGCAGAAGUGUUCAUACACACUCCUUCUUCCCCGCCGCAGCCACCUAAAACCUCCAAAACCCUUUCAUAGCAAUUCUAGGGUUUACCCCUUUCUUCCCCAAUUCUCCAGCCAUGGAAAUGGAAAUCGAAGGUUUAGAGCUCCUAGAAUUCGACCCCAUCGAAGAAACAAAUGAAGAUUUCUGCGCAACAGUCCUCUCUCGAUUCAGCAAAUCCACCAACAACGAGCAGCACCUCCAUCUCUGCUCAGUUAUCGGCGCUAUGUCGCAGGAACUCAAAGACCAUAGCGUUUCUCUUUCCCCGGUGGCUUACUUCGGCGCCAUUAUUGCUUCCCUUGACCGCCUCUCUCUCUCCUCUGACCGUUCCUCCCCCAACCACGCCGUUGAUGCGCUUGUCACUUUGAUGGGUUUGAUUAUGCCGAGGAUUGCGGCUGGGAUUCUUAGGAAGAAGAAGGUGUUGUUGCUGGAGUUGUUGGCUAGGGUUUUACGAGGCGGUAGUUGUUUGUCGUCUGAUGGUAUUGUGGCUGGGUUAAGCUGUGUUUCGGGGUUGCUGGUGAUCAGGGAUGGUUUGAAUUGGUUUGAUGUUAAUGCGUUUUACGGGAUUCUUCUUAGUUUCGUCACUCACUCGGAUAUUAAGGUGAGAAAGCAAUCACAUGUUUGUAUUCGAGAUGUCUUACAAACCUUUCACAGAACACCACUGCUGGCACCUGCAAGUGAAGCAUUUACUAACAUGUUUGAGAAAUUGCUGCUUCUUGCUGGAGCAUCAAAAGGUGCCCCUGCUGAGAAAGGAGCGCAAGAGAUUCUACAUGUCCUUGAUGCCCUUAAAGAUUGCCUGCCUUAUAUUUCAAUGAAAUACAAGACUUCCAUUUUGAAGCACUACAAAAUCCUACUGGGAGUCAGUAAGCCCCUUGUCACACGGCGUAUAACAGAUAGUUUAUAUGUCCUUUGCCUCGACCCUAGUGUGGAAGUAAAACCCGAGGUGCUGGUAGAUCUUUUAAGCUCUUUGGCUGUUUCAGUUCCAGUUAACGAAAUGUCAGCUGAUGACAUGAAUUUUACUGCUCGUCUGUUGGAUGUCGGAAUGAGGAAAGUUUACAAUCUCAACAGGCAGAUGUGCUACGAAAAGCUUCCCCUUGUUUUUAGUGCUUUGCAAGAUAUUUUUGGAUCUGGGUUUGAAGAAGCUAAAUUUGCUGCGACCGAGUCAUUCAAAAAUCUGAUCCAAGGCUGUGUUGAUGAAGACCUAAUAAAACAAGGUGUCGAUCGAACAACCAUUAAUUUUGAUUUUAACAACAGAAAGUCUGCACCAUCUACUAUUGAGAAAAUUUGUGCUACUAUUGGAAGCUUGCUUAAUAACAGAUAUCGUAGCGAGUGGGUUAUGGCCUUCCAAGUUGUCUCUUCACUAUUUGACAAACUAGGUAAUUUCUCUUCUGUCCUCCUACGAGGCACUCUGGAGAGCUUAGCAAGCAUGGAAAAGGAAAGCGAUGAGGAUUUCCCAGAGAAGAAACAGCUGCAAGAUUGCAUUGGAUCAGCUCUUGGGGCAGUGGGACCUGAAGAAUUUUUAAGCAUUCUGCCACUGAAAUUGGAAGCUGAUAAUCUGUCUGAGAUAAAUGAUUGGCUCUUUCCAAUUAUAAAACAGUAUACAGUUGGUGCACGUUUGAGAUUCUAUGUUGAGUCAUUGCUGGGUACGAUUGGAAGUCUCAAGCAGAAAUCUUACAAGCUCAAGCUUGAGGGGCAAGUUCAGGCGUCAAGAUACGCAGACAGGAUGGUAUACCAAGUGUGGUCCUUAUUGCCUUCAUUUUGUAAUUAUCCGUUGGACACUGCUGAAAGCUUCAAACUUCUUGAGAAAGUAUUGUGCAAUGCUUUGAAGGAAGAACCUGAUCUUCAAGGAAUUAUUUGCUCCAGUUUGCAAAUCCUCAUUCAACAGAAUAACAGUAUUUUAGAAGGAAACAGUUACGUACCCAGUGAUAAACUAAAUGUUUCCGUUGAGAGAGCUAUUGGUUUUUACAAUAAAGAGGUGGCUUCUGCUAAUUUGGUCGUGCUGAAAUCUUCUGCUCGUAACUUCUUGUUAGUCUUAUCCAAUGCUUUCCUGAACUCCACAAAGGAUCCUGGUGGAAGUUUGAUGACUACAAUUGGUGAAUUCGCUUCAAUAGCAGUAAAAGAUGUCUCAACAGGAAAAGAUGUGUCAGCAGGAAGCGAUGUUGUGUCGAAAAUUUUUAAGACCAAGAUGAGUCGACUUUUGAAAGUCACCAUGACUGCUAAUCAAGCAGAGAAGACUAGAAAUUCAAUGCAGAUUGACAGUUCAUCUGGUGAAAAUUCACUUUCUCGAGAGAGAGCACAGCUUUUUGAUCUGGCAGUUUCACUAUUACCUGGUAUUGGGCCUCAGGAGACUGAUGUAUUGUUUACUGCCAUACGUCCAGCACUGGAGGAUGCUGAUGGCUUGAUCCAAAAGAAGGCUUAUAAAGUUCUUUCAAAAAUUCUCAAGAAUUCGGAUGGCUUUAUUUCCAGAAAGCUUGAAGAGCUUCUCAAGCUGAUGAUUGAAGUGCUGCCUUCAUGCCAUUUCUCCGCCAAACGUCAUAGGCUUGACUGUCUGUAUUUCCUGUUUGUCCACGUGGUCAAGGAUGGAGCAGAACAUAAAAAGGGUGAAAUCAUCAGUUCUUUCUUGACCGAAAUUGUACUUGCUUUCAAGGAGGCUAAUAAGAAAACGAGAAAUAGGUCUUAUGAGAUCCUAGUCCAAAUUGCCCAUGCUUAUGGAGAUGAGGAGAGGGGUGGAAAUAAGGAGAACUUGCUUCAAUUCUUCAAUAUGGUAGCUGGAGGCCUUGCUGGUGGAACUCCACAUAUGAUCAGUGCGGCUGUGAAAGGCUUGGCUCGUUUGGCUUAUGAAUUUUCUGAUCUUCUUUCUAGUGCAUACAAUGUGCUUCCCUCCUCAUUUCUACUUCUUCAAAGGAAGAACAGAGAGAUCAUUAAAGCUAAUUUGGGACUACUUAAGGUUUUGGUUGCAAAAUCACAACCUGACAACCUGCAAAAUAACCUACAGGUCAUGGUUGAAGGCAUACUGGAGUGGCAGGAUGACUCCAAGAAUCAUUUCAAAGCUAAGGUUAAACACUUGUUGGAGAUGCUUGUCAAGAAAUGUGGCAUGGAUGCAGUUAAGGCUGUAAUGCCUGAAGAUCAUAUGAAACUUCUUACUAAUAUCCGCAAGAUAAAGGAGCGAAGAGAAAGGAAGUUGGCAGCCAAUUCCGAGACAAGUUCGUAUCAUUCAAAAGCAACUACGUCCAGGCAAAGUGGAUGGGGUCACACAAAGAUAUUCUCUGACUUCGAUGAAGAAUCAAGUAACGGGGAUGCUGGGACAUCUGUUGGUCGACGGAGCCUAUCAUCUUCCAAGUUUAAAUCAAAAGCACCUUCGUUAAGGUCAAAGAAAACCAGAUCUGGAAGGAGCUUAUUGGAUGACUCACUUGACCGGUUAGAAGAUGAACCACUUGAUCUUCUGGACCAGCGAAAAACAAGGCUAGCUCUUCGUUCAGGUGGGAAUUUGAAAAGAAAGCUUGAUACAGACGAUGAACCAGAGUUUGACGAGGAAGGACGGCUUGUAAUCCGUGAAGGAGGAAAGCCCAACAACAGUGAGAAAUCUUCUGAUAAUUACGAGUCGGAUGAUGAUGAUAAAACCGAAGCUCGUAGCUUUGCUUCUACAAACUCAAAGAAGGCGGGCCAGAAGCGUAGAAAAACGUCAGAGUCGGGUUGGGCCUACACCGGAAAAGAAUAUGCUAGUAAGAAGGCCCGCGGAGAUGUGAAAAAGAAGGGUAAAUUUGAGCCGUAUGCGUACUGGCCGCUGGACCGUAAGAUGCUGAGCCGUAGACCCGAGCAUCGGGCUUCUGCUAGAAGAGGUAUGAGAAGUGUUGUUAAGUUGACGAAAAAGCUGGAAGGGAGAAGCGUUGCAAGUGCACUUGCCGUGAGGAGCAAGGUAAAAAAGGCCCAUAAGAAGAAGUAAAAAGAGCAGAGAAAUGCGCAUUGUUCUGUUCUAGAAUUUUGAAAUCUUUAGUUUUAUUUACAUAGAAAAUAGGAAGAUGAAAAGACCCCUUGUACACAAAUGUAAUGAAUCUGCAAUGAAAUGCUGUCCAAUUUUGGCAUCCAGGUAAAUUCAUGAUUAUUUAAGUGAUAAAUUGAUUAUUUUUCCUUC